UCCUAGCUACUUGCGAGGCCAAGGCGGGAGGAUUGCUUGAACCCAAGAGGCAGAGUUUACAGUGAGCUGAGAUUGUGCCACUGCACCCCAGCUUGGGUGACAGAGUGAGACUCUAUCUGAGGAAAAAAAAAAAAAAAAAAGAAUUCCGCACAUGGUGCUGUUGUGAUGGUGUUAAGGGAAUGGGCCUGGCUCUGGCCCCUGACGCAGGAACAUGGAGCUGAUCCAGGAUGCUUCCCGCCUGCCACUGGAGUACGUGAAGGGGGUCCCGCUCAUCAAGUGCUUUGCAGAGGCACUGGGACCCCUGCAGAGCUUCCAAGCCCAGCCCGAUGAUCUGCUCAUCAGCACCUACCCCAAGUCCGGCACCACCUGGGUGAGCCAAAUACUGGACAUGAUUUACCAGGGCGGCGACCUGGAGAAGUGUAACCGGGCUCCCAUCUACAUACGGGUGCCCUUCCUUGAGGCCAAUGAUCCAGGGGAUCCCUCAGGGAUGGAGAUUCUGAAAGACACACCGGCCCCACGGCUCAUCAAGUCACACCUGCCCCUGGCCCUGCUCCCCCAGACUCUGUUGGAUCAGAAGGUCAAGGUGGUCUAUGUUGCCUGAAACCCAAAGGAUGUGGCAGUCUCCUACUACCACUUCCACCGUAUGGCAAAAGAGCGCGACCCCGAGCCUGGGACCUGGGACAGCUUCCUGAAGUUCAUGGCCGGAGAAGUGUCCUACGGGUCCUGGUACUCAGCAUCGCAGCAGGAGUGGUGGAGCCGAGCCACACCCACUCCUGUUCUCUACCUCUUCUAUGAAGACAUGAAGGAGAACCCCAAAAGGGAGAUUCAAAAGAUCCUGGAGUUUGCAGGGGCGCUCCUGCCAGAGGAGAGUGACCUCAUGGUUCAAUACACGUCAUUCAGGGACAAGAAGAACCUACAGCACCACCUCACUGUCCCCCAGGAGUACAUGGACUACAGCAUCCCCUUCAUGAGGAAAGGCAUGACUGGGGACUGGAAAACCACCUUUACCGUGGCGCAGAAUGAGCUCAGCCUGGCGCGGAUCUAUGCGGAGAAAAUGGCAGGCUGCAGCCUCAGCUUCCGCUCUGAGCUGUGA